UGCAUUUUUUUAUUCAGUUUAUUCCUUUUGAGGUCGCCGUCGGUGAAAGAAGUGAAGUAGAAAGUGUUGUGAGCUUGAAGAAUUCAAAGUGAAUAAAAGCCUUCAAAAUUAGAUAGGAAUGGAGUCUAGAGGAAAGGGCAGGGGAAAUCGGGGGCGUGCACGAGGUAAUCUACCUCAACAGGAUGUACCAGCUCCGGGACAAGCUCGUCCUCCUCAAGGAGCACCGCCGCAGGGUGCGCGUGGAGGUAGGCCAGUGGGCCCGACUCCACAAGGCCCAGCGACGCAACCAGGACCACCUGGUGCAUGGGGUGCAAGGGCCCAAGGACCCCCACCACAACAACAGGCGGGAUGGGCUGCCAGGCCACUGGCACCAGAAAUUUCUCAUCCCGCAUCAGUUACUUUGGGUCGGGGCUCCAGACAGGGAGGCCCUGAAGCUAGAGAGAGCAUAGAUGAAACUAUUAAAGUACAACAGGGCGGAGAUGCUGAUAAUGGCCAAACGAGAGGCGGCGGAAAUGGUGGUGUUAGAGGGCGUACAAACAGAAAUGAGAUUAUUAAUACAAGGCCCGACACGUGCAAAAGUAAGAAGGGCAGUGAUGGAACUGUCAUCAGACUUAAGGCUAACUAUUUCCAACUCAUAUCAGCCACUAAAUGGGGCUUGAAUCAGUACCGAGUGGAUUUCAAUCCACCAAUCGAUGAUACAAGAGCGAGAAAGAAGUUAGUUGCAAACGGUAUCAGACCUUUCAACGUUACUGGUUAUCUAUUUGACGGAACAGUUUUGUAUACCCCGAAUCGUUUACACCCUGAGCCCUGCGAGUUUGUGUCCCAAGAUGAGACUACUCAGCAAAACAUUAAAGUCGAAAUCCGCAUGGUAGGAGAAGUAAACGAGGGUGAUUACCACUAUUUACAACUUUUCAAUAUUAUAAUUAGAAAAUGUUUCAACUACAUGAACUUCCAACUGCUUGGAAGAAAUUAUUUUGACCCGAACCUCAAAGUUGCAAUUCAUGAACACAACUUAGAGUUGUGGCCUGGAUUUCUAACUUCAAUGAAACAAUACGAGCAAAAUAUUAUGUUGAAUGUGGAUUUAUCAUUCAAAGUCUUGAGAACUGACAAAGUCUACGAUCUGCUCCUGGAAUGCGGCUCGAGUCGUGAUCCAAAACAGGAAUUUCAAAAAAGGGUAAUCGGCGCAAUCGUUCUGACUGAAUAUAAUAAUAAAACUUACCGUAUUGAUGAUGUGGACUUUAAAAAAACCCCUGACGACACGUUUACAAAACGAGAUGGAUCACAGAUUUCCUAUAGGCAAUAUUUCCAAGAGAGAUAUCAGAUAAGAAUUCAACACAAUGAGCAGCCCUUACUGGUUUCAAGAUCUAAGCCCCGUGAAAUUCGCGCAGGCAUGCCAGAUUUGGUUGUCUUGCUACCGGAACUUUGCAUCAUGACAGGAUUGUCAGAUAAGCAAAGAGAAAAUUUCCAACUGAUGAGGUCGAUGGGUGAACACACCAGGGUUAAUCCAGGAGACCGCAUGAGAAAACUCUUGCAAUUUGUUGAGCGCCUUCGAGCCUGUCCCGCUGCCUUAGAAGAAAUUAGGCGUUGGGACCUUAAACUUGCAGAUUGUUUGAUUGAACUCCAGGGAAGAGUGUUACCACAAGAAUCUCUAUUAUUGAGGAGUAAUCAGCCCAUUCAAGGUGGGGAAGAAGCAGAUUGGACACGAAAUUUGCGUACUGCUCCCAUGUACCAUAUUGUGAACGUGGAUAAACUAGCCAUUAUUGCUCCGAGUCGUGUAACUCAAGCCGCCCAAGAGUUUGGACAAAUGUUGUCCAAAGUUGGCAAGGGCAUGUCAAUGAACAUCAACUCAAAGGUCUUUGCUAUUUCAGAUGACCGAAACAGUAGCUACAUUUCCGAGAUAGAAAAAGUACAUGCUCAAAUGAAACCUAGUAUGGUUAUGGUAGUUCUCACGAAUAACUCUGGUGAUAGAUACAACGCUAUCAAGAAAAAAUGCUAUAUUGACAAUGCCCUGCCUUGCCAGGUUAUGGUAGCAAGGAACUUGACCAGCAAGGGUACCAUGUCAAUUGCUACUAAAGUAGCAAUUCAAAUGAAUUGUAAAAUGGGCGGAGCUCCAUGGGCGACAACAACGCCUAAAAACACCAUGGUUGUUGGCUAUGAUGUAUGUAGGGACACAGCGCAAAGAUCAAAAAGUUUCGCUGGAAUGGUUGCUUCAAUGGACCAAGGUUGCACUCAGUACUUCAGCAUGGCAAUCGAACACGCAUUUGAGCAAGAACUGAGCUCAAACAUCGCUAGUUUUAUGUUGUUGGCAUGCAAAAGAUAUCAACAAAUUAACAAGGUGAUUCCUGAGAGAAUCCUUGUUUACAGAGAUGGAGUUGGGGAUGGGCAAAUUCAAUAUGUUAAAGAAUUUGAAGUUGAAAUGAUUAAGACCAAAUUAUCUGAAGAACUUUACAGAGAUGUUCCAUUGAAGAUGGCAUACAUCAUUGUAUCCAAGAGAAUAAACACGAAAAUUUUCAGGGCACAGGCGAACCAAAGGAAUGACUUCAAUCCCCCACCUGGUACGGUAGUUGAUGAUGUUAUUACCUGGCCAGAAAGAUAUGACUUUUACAUAGUUUCCCAAUGUGUGAGACAGGGAACAGUUGCUCCUACAAGCUACAACGUUAUCGAAGAUACACUAGGGAUUGAUGCCAACAAAUUACAAAAAUUCACUUACAAAAUGUGUCAUAUGUAUUUUAAUUGGUCUGGAACCGUUAGAGUGCCAGCACCCUGCCAGUAUGCACACAAGUUGGCGUUCCUCACUGCUCAAUCUUUGCACAGGCCAGCAUCCUCAGCCCUCAACAAUACCCUUUACUACCUGUAAAGGCAAAGUUCAACAAGGUAUUCCAGGAUCUUGAGGGAAGGCCGCCAGUAUUUUUUUGUUCUUCAUAAUUUUGGGAUGUUAGUUUUUAGUUUUGUUUUAAAUGAUUUAAAUCUUAUUACAUUAAGCACUGUUCCAACAGACAUGAGAACCGUUCCAGAACCGGUAAUUUCCAGUUGCCCACCUAUUUUUUAAUAAGUUGAACGUCUAUCCUAAUUGACAGAUGAAUUGAUUGACUGGAAAUUACCGUUCUAGAACGUUUCUCAUGUCUGUUCUCUAUUGAAAACUAUAUAUUUUUUAAUGCUUUUUUGCACUCUAGCUGUGUAGAUUUAUGGCGUUUCCGAUUGGCAGAUUCAGUGCGCACUGAGUGUAUUCGCAUCCUUUUAAUUGACCUGUAGAAGAAAAAGACAGAAAUAGAAAAAAAUACACUAGUUCCGCACUAGAUCAACCAAUCGGAAACGCCAUUAGAAUAGUUGCCUUUUUAUCGCGAUCCGAAUCUCUUUCCACAAAUUCAUCUCAGGAUACACACAUGCACAGGGGCCCAAUUCUUGAAAAAUAUCGUAUACGAAAUUUUAUAUGAUUUCGAACGUUUCCCAUUCAAUUUACAUUGCUGUCAGUCAAAUUCGAAUCAAAUUUCGUAUGCGAUAUUUUUUCAAAAAUUGGACCACUGGGCUGGGACUCAUAGGCUAAUUAUUUUAAGAAAUCCGUUUUGGUUUUGAAUUAAUUUUGUCAACGCAAAAUUGAUUUAAUCCAAAAAAAAUAUUAAUUAAUUUGUGUGUUCAAUUUGUACUUAUGACGUAUUUUAUUAUAUUUUUUGGGAAUUUUUUAGUUUAUUUUUUGUUUGGAAUGUAUUGGGAAAUUCUUAAGUUAAAUUCCAUGUUUGGGUUAGACUUGACAGGGGGUUGUGCAAAUUAUUUGUUAGGGCUCGAAAUUUGAGUACCACAAUUAAAUAUUUAAGAUACUGUUAUUUUUGUAAGAGCUUUGCAAUAAAAUGUUAAAAAUACGAUAAAUUUUGUAUUAAUUUUAUUCAAAAGUUUUCAGAAUGUGCCUCUGUGAACUAUUUAUUUACAUCCACUACGGCCCUGACAGGCCACCCAGUGCCGAUGUGACAAUAUUCGCUGCGAUACAUUGCGGGAGGGCACAAAUCUUGCCAUGGAGAGGAAUGUGGUAGGGCUUCAGGAAAGUAAAGUCCAUUUUCUUGCACAUAUGGGUAGAAGUCUGAAUAGGCUGGCUUGGGGUAGUUUGAUUGGUAUUCUGAGGUCAUACCACUAAAAAGCAAAAUAGUUAUAUUAUGGUUACGAGUACCAUCAUUACCAUACUUGUAUUGUGUGAAAAUAGAAAUGUGGUAAUAAUUUGAACAUUUUAUUUACAACUGUCAAGAUUAUAUACAUUUG